GCUGAUACCUCCAUCGGACGUCAUCUCGUCCAAGUUAAGGCGUUUUAAUUUAGUUGUUUGAAAGAAGAAGAGUUUGAGUGAAUAUGGCAAAUAUUGUGAGCUUUUUGUGUGUUUGGUUUUGGAGUUUUGUAUUAGUUAGUAGUGUUGUGGGUUUGGAGGGGAUUAAUGGACAGCCUAGUGCUUGGCUUAAUGCUCGUGCCACUUUCUAUGGGGGAAAUCAAAAUCCUAGUACUCUUGGUGGAGCUUGUGGGUACGAGAACACCUACCAAGCUGGUUUCGGGAUAAACACGGCGGCGGUGAGCGGUGCACUAUUCCGAGGUGGGCAGGCUUGCGGCGCUUGCUAUCAGGUUAUGUGCAACAACAGGCUGGACCGAAAAUGGUGCCUCCGGCGCGCAUCGGUGACGGUGACGGCCACCAACUUCUGCCCCUCCAAUAAGGCGGGUGGUCCGCCGCAACACCACUUCGACAUGUCCAUGCCCGCAUUCUUUCGCAUUGCUAGACGCGGAAAUGAAGGCAUAGUUCCUGUACUUUACAGAAGGGUGGCAUGCAAGAGAAGAGGGGGAGUCCGGUUCACGUUAAAGGGUCAACCCAAUUUCAACAUGAUCAUGAUCUCCAACGUGGGCGGGAGUGGCGACAUCAAGAGUGCAUGGAUCCGGGGCUCCAGAACCCGUACCUGGAACCCCAUGCAACGCAACUGGGGCGCCAAUUGGCAAACCCACUUCGACGUCCGGGCCCAAGCCCUGUCUUUCAGGGUCACUUUGGUCGACGGCAAGACACUGGAAUUCCUCAACGUCGUACCUUCUUCAUGGAACUUCGGGCAGACCUUUGCUUCCCACAAUCAGUUCUCCUAAAUUAUUAAUUUGGAUACAUAUAUAAUAUUAAUUAACUAAGCUUCGAUUUUCCAUGGACAUGCACUUUUUGGAAUGGUUCAUGGAUAUAUAAUUAUUAUUCCUUUCCUUAAUAUUAUAUAUAAUUAUAUGUAUGUUUGCAGUUUUUGUUUUCUUAAGUUGAGGAAAAUAUUAUGAUUAAUAUGCAACAAUAGAAAUAAUAUUAAGUUGGAUUUGUACCAAGACAAGAUACAAUCAUCUGGAUUCAUAGAUGAUUAAUUUGUUGUACUCAUAAAUUAAUAUGUUAUC